CAAGGUUGUUACACGAAGUUGGCCCCCAGGGACAGUCGGCAGUAAACCGAAACUAUACCAAUUUAUCGCUCGCUUCUCAAAGCUUGGGAAGGGAAAGUAAGGAGAUAAAAACGGGCCGGGCCGUGUACGGUCGGAGCAGGGUGGUGGUGCUAGACUCGUGGAAUCUUUGUCAGACGGGUUACAAGAUACUGGGAUCCUGGUGACGCAGGCAUGAGCGUACCGAGAGGGGGACAAGGUCACUUGUGAAAAUUGCGCACUCUUUAUUCAUAGAGCUUGAAUCCGAUAUGGCACUCCGACGCUGCUGUGCAUGGCUGUUGUUGGCUGUGGUCUUCCUCGCUGUUCCCAGCGAGCAACAGACGUUUCCAACACAAUGGAACAACACGGUCAUUCUCGAGGUACCUACAUGGGAGCAGAGGACGGCAAAGAUGGCAAUGCUCAUUAACAGCAUGGCAAGACACGCUAAAACUAUAAUCGUCGCUGACGACGAAAGAAUGGCUGCGCUCUAUUCAUCCCAGAUAAAGAAUUUGACACGAGCAUCCGUCGGAGUCUCUGUCGACAAGAGCAAAGUUCCAAAUUCGACUGCGAGAAGAAAGGACGUUCUGAUCUUAUCGGCCGAGUCACUAGCUCUAAGCUUGAAAGACAAACUCAUCAACCUCAGAAACAUAUCGCUGAUUGCAGUCGACGAAGAUGUCUUGAAGCAAGAUUCCUGGAAGACAGCGAAAGAGUUCCUGUCUGAGCACAGUGCAACGCAGCUUGUCGUGUUUACCAGUGAUAUGAGCGUUAUCGACGUGCAUGUCUUAUCGGGACUGCGAGAACAACCCGUUUUUGAGCGCGGUCUACAGGGAAAUCAAAUCGGUGUGCAGUCACACCUACUCCUGAGCAGCGAGCUAGCACGCAACCUAGACCUGACGUCUCCUCUGGAAUUUGCUCGUACAACCCUAGGAGGCUACAAAUUUCAGGACCCUACCCUUCUAACCAAGGCCUUCUUGCACGCUACGUACAAGAUCAAAGAACGUAAGGGAAAGAAGGAGAGUUACCAGCCUCUGGACUACGUUGGCGACUUUGUCCUCGAUUACAUCGUUUCAAAGUAUAUUCUGCAAAAUGCCGCCAACAAAACCCAGGCGUACAUGGCGGAAAAGAAGACGGCCAUGUUGAAGCAGGAAUCACUGGCGUUUCUGGCUGCGAAACAUAAGUUUCAUCUUCACGUCUUUGUGGACGGCGCGAACGAGAAAUCAUCGCUCAAUAACUACGUGAGGAGUGUAGAGCGGGUGAAGACACUUCUUGAGCUGAACACCUUACCACGGAAACGGUCGUUCCUGUACAAGUUUUUCAAGUCGGUAGCUGGCGCCAUCUACAUUGACAGCGCAUGCAACCUCGAGAGGGUGGAAGCUAUUUACAUGAAAUUUAUGAAGAAUGAUCUUGACGCACUCCUUGCUAGUCGUUAAAAGACUCCACGAGGAUGUACGCGGAGCCUCUUGUAAAUGGCCGACGAAGAAAUAUGGGCGCACUCACUGACCCACCGGAUGGUUUUGUUUAUUAAAUAAUAAUGUUCCCUUUUCAACGUGAAAGGCAGCGUACACAACGAGCAUAGUAAGAAAUAAGAAAUAAAAAUGCGAAGUACGAGCAUAGUAAGACGGAACGAUAAGAACGAGCAUAGAGUAAGAAUGAGAAGCAAGCAUAAGCGACGUGGGAUCCACGGCGAAACGAAGAACAACAAGUCCGAAAAAAUGGCAUUAAGCACCAUGAGGUCUUACGUUCUGUCCUGAUUUGAAACCUUGUGAGUAAGUGCUACUUCACAGCUUUGGGCAACGUCUUAUGAAAUGGGACAGUUGGUGCUUGGACAGACGGAAUAAAUGUUUGCGUGGCUUCCAGUUUUA